AUGGGGAAGCACGAGUUCCUGACGCCGAAGGCGAUCGCGAACCGGAUCAAGGCGAAGGGGCUGCAGAAGCUGCGCUGGUACUGCCAGAUGUGCCAGAAGCAGUGCCGCGACGAGAACGGGUUCAAGUGCCACUGCAUGUCGGAGUCGCACCAGCGGCAGAUGCAGGUGUUCGGCAUGGCGCCCGACCGCGUCGUAGAGGGCUUCUCCGAGGAGUUCCUCGAGUCCUUCCUCUCCCUCAUCCGCCGCGCGCACCGCCACUCCCGCGUCGCCGCCACCGUCGUCUACAACGAGUACAUCGCCGACCGGCACCACGUCCACAUGAACUCCACGCGCUGGGCCACGCUCACCGAGUUCGUCAAGUUCCUCGGGCACGAGGGGUACUGCAAGGUCGAGGACACGCCCAAGGGGUGGUUCAUGACCUACAUCGACCGUGACUCGGAGCAGGCCGUCAAGGACCGCCUCAAGCGCAAGAGGAUCAAGUCGGACAUGGCUGAGGACGAGCGCCAGGAGCGCAUGAUUGCCCGCCAGAUUGAGCGUGCGCACAAGUCCUUAGCCAAACCCGAUGAUGGUGAUGCUGCCGAGGGCGAGCCUGAGUCCGGCAGUGAAGGAGAGUAUUCAGGUUCAGAUGAUGAUGGGGAGGAGCGGGAGGAUGGCUCGAAAGAGGCAAGCAAGGCAACUGGGAAGAUUGCAAUUGCGCUUCAGAAGGCUGUGCCAGGGCCCAAGGUUAAUCCUUUUGAGGAUAAGCCGAAGGUGAAAUUUGGUUUCGAUGAGGAGGAGGAUGACUCGGGCACCCGAGACAAGGAGAAGGAUGAGGUGGCCAAGAAGAAGGGAAAGGAUGUGAAGGCAGCAGAGGCAAGGAGGUCAGCAUUGGACGAGCUGAUGAAGGAGGAGGAGAAGGCCAAGGAGAGGAGCAAUAGGAAGGACUACUGGCUGUGCCCUGGAAUUGUGGUCAAGGUGAUGAGCAAGUCAUUGGCAGAGAAGGGGUACUACAAGCAGAAAGGAGUGGUGAAGAAAGUUAUCGAUAAAUAUGUUGGGGAGAUUGAGAUGUUGGAGAGCAAGCAUGUCCUCAGGGUUGACCAAGAUGAGCUUGAGACCGUGAUCCCUCAGAUUGGUGGACUGGUGCGGAUUGUAAAUGGGGCUUAUCGGGGGUCCAAUGCCAGGUUGCUCUCAGUGGACACUGAGAAAUUCUGUGCAAAAGUGCAGGUUGAGAAAGGCCUCUAUGAUGGCAAGGUUCUCAGGGCUGUCGAAUACGAGGACAUUUGCAAGAUAUCCUCAUGA